UUAUUCUUUUCUCUCUUAUAUCACUCAUCGCUGCUAGCUAGUAGCUAGAAGAAAGUCAAUCCAAGUUUACACACAGGACAGCAAGAUGUCAAAGUAUGUUCCUUAUGUUCCUCUUCCGGACAACCUUGCCAUUCCCCUGGGUGUCCUCCUCAGCAUCUCGAGUUUCCUCUCGUUGGUUGGAUCCUCGUGUAUUAUUUACAUGACACGACGAGAUCUGUCUCAAAUGGUGCAACGGCUCCUCCUGUACAUUAGCAUCUCGGAUGUCUGCUUGACUUUGACCCUUUUGAUCACGCCAUUUGCCUUGCCGCAAGAGUUGGAUUACAGUUAUGCCGCCUUUGGAAACGCUCAGACCUGUUCGGCUGCUGGUUUGUUUCUGGCAACGUUUGUGUGGACCGGAUGUUGCUAUAGCUGCUACUUGAGUCUCUACUAUUUGGCCACGGUGCGCUACAACUGGAAAGAACCCAAUCUGGCACGGCGAACAUCCAGACUGAAGCUUCCCAAACGAGAGAUUGUGCUGCAUUGUGUCACCCUGUUGGUACCCAUUAUCAUGGGCAGUAUCGGUCUCGCGGCACAAGUCAUUCAUCCAACAGCCAUUCUCCCCAUUUGCUACUUUACAGUCUAUCCCUAUGGCUGCACAGGUCAAGACGAGGACUACGACGAUGAUCGCAUGCAAUGUGAAAAGUACAACCUAGUGUUUCGAUUGGUGGCGGCAGCUUCAUUCCUCCAGGGAGCUGUCACCAUUACCAGCUAUGGAGCCACCUUUUGGCUGUACUGGACGGUCCGACAAAAGCUGCGACAGUCGGCUCAAUUUCAGUUCAAAGGAAGCUCUACUACGGCCAAAUCCAGCAUCAGCACCACCACCAAUCCAGGUUCUUCCAUUACCAGCAAACUUGCCAAUAGCCUCACCAGCAGCAACACCCAACCUGCUGAAGAGAACCCGUUUCAAAAGAGAAUUCUGCAGGUCCGAACUCAAGCCAUUCUGUACGCCCUCAUCUACUUUAACUCUGGAAUUUGGUUCACGGUCUUGGGUGGAUUGAGCGGGGUCAUGGACCCACAGCAAAUCCAGGAACAAAAGUCACAGCCCUUCCUCUACACGCUCCAGGUACUGUCCGCCUUUUUCGGUCCACUCCAAGGCUUUUUGAAUUUCUUUGUCUACAUUCGUCCCAAAGUGGCACGAUGGAGGACCGUCGAACCAGACAUGUCUUUGGUUUGGAUCUGGCGUCAAAUCUUGGGCGGAGUCGAGAUUCCCACGUCGGCCGCAGCCGCCAAACGACGACGGAACAAGGAGCAAAAAGACAAGCAGGAUGCCCUGCAAGGACAACAAGAUACAGAUCAUACGUCCCGAAUGAGCUUUAUGGAUAAUCAUCAUCAUCAUCCUGUUCCACUAACGGUGACAGAGGAAGAAAAGCAAGAAGAAGAAGAAGAGAGGAUGCAGGCUGCCACCGAUCCAGCCGCGGUAUGCAAUGAUGCACCAACGCACAGACCCCUCAAAAUGGAGGAGUAUUCUAGUUUGCAAGUUGUUGGGUCGAUGCGCCCCGUGACAGAGGAGAGACCCACUUCGACCCGCACAGAGGACAAGGGUCCGGCAUAUGCACAGCAAUCAGACGCUACCCAGGAGGGUACACAACACUUAUCCUCGGGCGAGAACGACGAAACGGACGCACCAGAGCUGGACUCUGUUGAGCCGCCGAAGACGACUGAACUUGGCACGUUGGGUGAACCAUCUUACGGUGUGCAGGCUGUGGCAUCAGAACUGGCUGACAAGGACGACGGCAAUGCACAACCUGAACAGAAUAGACUGGCUCCCGUAGCGCCUCUGCUGGUUGAGGAAGAAGAAGAUUCCAACAUGAACGAACUAUUCGUCAACAAUUCUCCUAUCGCCCAAACGAUAGAACCAGUUCAGGCCCAAGACGAAGCGUCCGGCAUAGCCAACCCGUCAUCAAACAUUGUUUCCGAUUGCAGCCAUGUGGCAACACCGACACAGUAGAGAACAACCGAGUAUGCUACUAGGCAGGCAGUUGCAAACAUGGCUACAAGAGAAUACAUGUUGCUGUAGAAGCAUUUUCGCCACUCUCUCCCCGAUGGACCUAAAACUUUCGAUUCAAGGCUUUGCCUCUGUCCCUGUCUGAAGAGCAUCUCGUCUCAGCUCCAUUGAGAACUCUACUCUUUACCCACUGCAUCUUUUUAGAAUUAAACCAUCAAUCUGACACUUUUC